AUGGAGAGUGAGACGAAAGCAACAUUCAGCAAAUCAACAGGUCUUCCUCGGAAGCGAUUCUACAGGGCAAGAGCUCACAGUAACCCUCUCAGCGACUCUCACUUCCCAAUCCCGACAUCCCCAGCUCAUGUCGACUUCUCACUUCACUUCCCCAAAUUCGUUGAAGCUGACGGCAAAACCUCCAAGAAGGUUGAGUUUGCUGAUAUCGGAUGCGGUUUCGGUGGCCUUCUCAUUUCCCUUGCAACGCUCUUCCCCGAAACGCUAAUGAUCGGUAUGGAGCUGAGAGACAAAGUGACAGAAUACGUCAAGGAACGGAUCUUAGCCUUGAGGAGAACAAGCUCGGAGGGACAGUACGAGAACAUCUCUGUGGUCAGGACAAACUCGAUGAAGUACAUUCCGAAUUAUUUUGAGAAAGGACAGCUCUCGAAGAUGUUUUUCCUCUUCCCUGAUCCACAUUUCAAGGAGAAGAACUACAGGAGGAGAGUGAUUAGCAACCAUUUGCUGGAUGAGUAUGCUUUUGUUCUUAGAGCUGGUGGGAUUAUUUACACAAUCACUGACGUUGAGGAGCUUGGAGAGUGGAUGAAGUCUUGCUUGGAGAAACAUCCGAUGUUUGAGCCUCUGACGCAAGAAGAGCUUGAUUCGGAUCCUGUCGUUGAGCUUCUGUGCAGUGCUACUGAGGAAGGACAGAAAGUUGCUAGGAAUGGUGGUCAGACUUUCAGAGCAGUUUUCAGACGCAUUGCAUAUGCUUCUUGA